UCUACCUUUGUCACUUUGCGCUCCCGUUGAAUCGCCAGCUUGUUGUUCCUCGGAGUCCGGCGGAGGACAGAAGAAGUUAGCUCACCCAGUCCGGAUAUCUGCCCCCGUUUUGGUCGCUUUUCUUUCCCCUCCGAGCUCCAAGGAUGAGCCGGUGAACUGGAUGGGGAAAGAGUAGCCUGCUGGUCGGCUGACCUAUCACCCUGCGGCGCGGCGCGGAGCUUCAGUGUCGGGAACAAACAGCGGGGAAAGGACGUAAAUAAGCCCGGAGAUGGUUCAUUUUCCGCGGGGACCUUCGGUGACUUUACUGCUGCUGACGGCGGUUUAAAAUUAGAUUUUUUUUAAAAAACUGAACUGACAGGAAGGAGGUUAGAUUAAAUCGCUUUGUGGAUUAACAAUGCCGGACCAAAUUACAGUUUCAGAGUUUGUCGCGGAGACAAAUGAAGAUUAUAAAUCUCCUACCGCCUCUAUUUUCACCACCAGGAUGUCCCACUGCAGGAACACCGUGGCUGCUCUGGAGGAGGCUCUGGAUGUGGACCGCAGCGUUCUCUACAAAAUGAAGAAGUCGGUGAAGGCCAUCUACUCGUCCGGCCUGGCCCAUGUGGAGAACGAGGAGCAGUACACUCAGGCGCUGGAGAAGUUUGGGGAAAACUGUGUGUGCCACGACGAUCCCGACCUGGGCUCGGCCUUCCUCAAGUUCUCCGUCUUCACCAAGGAGCUGACGGCUCUCUUCAAAAACCUGUUCCAGAACAUGAACAACAUCAUCACCUUCCCCCUGGACAGCCUGCUGAAAGGAGACCUGAAGGGCGUCAAAGGGGAUCUGAAAAAGCCUUUCGACAAAGCCUGGAAGGACUACGAAACCAAAGUGACCAAAAUCGAGAAGGAGAAGAAGGAGCACGCCCGGCAGCACGGGAUGAUCCGGACGGAGAUCAGCGGGGCGGAAAUAGCCGAGGAGAUGGAGAAGGAGAGGCGCUUCUUCCAGCUGCAGAUGUGCGAGUACCUCCUCAAAGUCAACGAGAUCAAGAUCAAGAAGGGGGUGGACCUGCUGCAGAACCUCAUCAAGUACUUCCACGCACAGUGCAAUUUCUUUCAGGACGGCCUGAAAGCCGUGGAGAACCUGAAACCGUCGAUAGAGAAACUGGCUACAGAUCUGCACACGAUCAAGCAGGCGCAGGAUGAGGAGAGGAAGCAGCUGACUCAGCUGAGAGACGUCCUGAAAACGGCUCUGCAGGUGGAGCAGAAGGAGGAUUCCCAGGUGCGGCAGAGCGCGACGUACAGCCUGCACCAGCCGCAGGGCAACAAGGAGCACGGCACCGAGCGCAGCGGCUUCCUGUUCAAGAAGAGCGACGGGUUGAGAAAAGUCUGGCAGAAGAGAAAAUGCACGGCUAAAAACGGAUACCUCACCAUCUCACACGGCACAGCUAACAGGCCGCCGGCGAAACUCAACCUGCUGACCUGCCAGGUGAAGCACAACCCUGAGGAGAAGAGGAGCUUCGACCUCAUUUCACAUGACCGAACGUAUCAUUUUCAAGCUGAGGACGAACAGGACUGUCAGAUCUGGAUCUCAGUUCUGCAGAACAGUAAGGAGGAGGCGUUAAAUCAGGCGUUUAAAGGCGACCACCAUGUUGGCGAGAACAACAUCGUUCAGGAGCUGACGAAGGCGAUCCUGGGGGAAGUGAAGAGGAUGACGGGGAACGACGUUUGCUGCGACUGCGGAGCGCCCAAUCCGACGUGGCUGUCCACCAACCUGGGCGUCCUCACCUGCAUUGAAUGUUCAGGGAUCCACAGGGAACUCGGAGUCCACUACUCUCGGAUCCAGUCCCUCACUCUGGAUGUCCUCAGCACCUCUGAGCUCUUGCUGGCCAAGAACGUGGGGAAUGCAGGCUUUAAUGAAAUCAUGGAAGCUUGUUUAAAUGCUGAAAAUGUGGUGAAACCAAACCCAGCGAGUGACAUGCAGACGAGGAAAGACUUCAUCACGUCCAAAUACAUCGAGAAGCGUUUUGCCAGGAAGAAGGGCGCCGACGCGGCGGCUCGGCUCCACACGCUGUGCGAGGCGGUGAAGGCACGAGACAUCUUCUCCCUCAUCCAGGUCUACGCCGAGGGGCUGGACCUCAUGGAGCCGAUACCGCUCGCCAACGGACAUGAACAGGGAGAGACGGCGCUUCAUUUGGCCGUCAGGCUGGUAGACAGAACGUCUCUUCACAUUGUCGACUUUCUCACUCAGAACAGUUUGAAUUUGGACAAGCAGACGGCCAAAGGCAGCACAGCGCUGCACUACUGCUGCCUGACCGACAACAGCGAAUGUCUGAAGCUGCUGCUGAGAGGAAAAGCCUCCAUAGAUAUUGCGAACGAAGCUGGCGAGACGCCGCUGGAUAUCGCCCGGAGGCUCAGACAUGCUCAGUGUGAGGAGCUGCUCAACCAAGCUCUGGCAGGAAAAUUCAACGCUCACGUCCACGUUGAGUACGAGUGGCGCCUGAAGCACGAGGACCUGGAUGAGAGCGAUGAGGAUCUGGACGAGAAGCCGAGCCCCCAUCGGAGAGACGACCGUCCCGUCAGCUGUUACGCCCCCAGCAGUAACUCCCACCUGCAGUCCGGUCUGGGGCCCGCCGGCCGGGACGGAGCGGGCCUCAGCAAGGACAAGCACCGCCUCUUUAUGCCCAGCCUGGUGAACAACGAGACUUACGGAACCAUCCUGAACACCGGCUCCCCUCAGUCGGCCUCCACCUCUGCUCCGCCCCUGCCCCCAAGGAACCUGGCCCAGUUGUCCUCUGUGGGGGGAAUCGGUCAAUCUGCCACCUCUAGCACCUGGAAACCCGGUUCUUUAGACCUGGUCAGCCGGCAGCGGUCAUCCUCAGACCCUCCCAACAUGCACCCUCCUGUUCCCCCAGUGAGGCUCACUUCUACUGGAGGUCUGGGUCCCGCCCCAGUAGCCAAGAUGGAAGCCAUGAGCAUCCAGUCCAAGUCAGGUCAGGGUCCGCUGGGGACCCGGUCAGUGCCACCCAAAUCCCCUGCUGGCAACGAUAAAAGCUUUAGCCGAGGAUUUCUGAAUCAAAGUGAAUCUGUAGAACGAGCAGCUAAGGAAGUGCCAGGAUGCCCCCAGAACUCGGUUCCUCCGGCCCACGUAUCAAGAAAAGCAUAUCCAUCUCAGAAGCAGAGACCAAAGCGGGUGAAGGCCAUAUACAACUGCAUAGCUGACAACCCAGACGAGCUGACGUUUUCUGAGGGCGAGGUGAUCGUGGUGGAUGGAGAGGAGGACCAGGAGUGGUGGCUGGGCCACAUUGAAGGAGAUCCAAUGAGAAGAGGCGCCUUCCCCGUCACAUUUGUCCUCUUCAUCACCGACUGACGGACCGCUCUGGUCCUCUGGAGGCGUCACAAGAUGCUGCGUUAGUCGCCAGCCAUCCGUCUGAGGACCCAUGAGGUUCAGCUCCUCACUCAGAAUCUAAAGAAAAUGAUGUUUUCUCUGAACAAUCUUUGGCAAUAAACAAAGUCUUUCUGCUA